AGUAGCAGAAACAGCUGUGUUGCCUGCAUUGUAUAUAAACAGAUACACGUACAUUCUGCUGAUAAGCAUUUUUUGCACAGUUGCGGAUCCAGCACGCAGUUUUGGCCAGUGCCAGUGCCAGAGCCCGCACCCGUACCCUCCUGACUAAUUGCAAUUGCCAAUGAAAGAGGAGAGGCAGCGACCACAUCGAGACGCAGUCAACACAGAAGCCAUGUGGGUGAUUGAAUGGGUGAGGGAGAGAGCGGCAGCAGCACAAACACAGGCAAAUUGAAACAAGAGUUCUUUGUUGCAACGGCAACGGCAACGGCGACGGCAGCAACGCAAACGCAACGCUACGCGACGCAAAUUAUAGUUGGAGCAACAAGCCGAUCGACCACGCUCCAUAACAACAACAAGCGACGCGACAGUAGGUUCAAGACAGAGCUCCAAUGCAGACGUUCCGCAGCAGCAGCAACGGAAACGGUAACUGCAACUGCAACUGCAUUUGACGCAGGGGAGAAUCUGUGGAACAUAGUCGAAGGAAAGGAAAACCAAAUUCAAGCAUCCAGCAUCAUGUCAGCAGCUAAUCAAAAGGAGAGUCCCAGCCGGGAUUCCACUGCCUCCACAUCGGGACACAUAUCCAUGCUGGCCGACAGCACACUGGAGUCCCUCUCCCGGGACUACAGCCUGGGCAGCCUGAACUCCGCCGGCAGCCAGGACGAGUUCUUCCGUUGCCGGGAUCAUGCCGACAACAUCCUUAAGCGGAUGCAGCUGUACGUGGACAGCCAGCAGCUGUGCGAUGUCACCCUAAUCGCUGGGAUCGAUGGGAAGCGAGUGCCCGCCCAUCGCCUGGUGCUAUCAGCUUCCAGUGCCUACUUCUCGGCAAUGUUCACGGGCUCACUGCGCGAGACCAAGGAGCAGGAGGUGACGCUCGGCGAGGUGCCAGGGGACGCACUGAAUCUGCUGGUUCAAUACUGCUACACGGGCUUCAUCGAGCUGCGCGAGGACACCGUGGAGACACUGCUGGCGACGGCCUGCCUGCUGCAGCUCACAUCGGUGGUCACUGCUUGCUGCAACUUCCUCGCGAGGCAGCUGCACCCCUCCAACUGUCUGGGAUUCGCUUUCUUCGCCGAGCAGCAGAGCUGCACGACAUUGCUGCGAUUGGCCCAGUCCUACACGUGCCAGUACUUCAUGCAGGUGUGCCAGAACCAGGAGUUCUUCCAACUGAACGCCGACCAGCUGGGCAAGCUGCUGUGCAGCGAUGAUCUCAAUGUGCCCUCCGAACAGGACGUCUUUCACAGCCUCAUGUCAUGGGUGCGGCACGACUCCCCCAACCGGGAGCAGCACAUUCCCGAGCUGCUGGCCCUCGUCCGGUUGCCGCUGCUCCAGCCGGCCUUCAUCAUGGACCACGUGGAGAACGUUUGCAAUGCCAACGAGUGCCAGCAGCUGGUCAUGGAAGCCUUCAAGUGGCACCUAAUGCCCGAGCGUCGUUCCCGCAUCGCCACCGAGCGCACUACACCCAGAAAGUCAACCGUUGGCCGACUCCUAGCUGUCGGCGGCAUGGAUGCCCACAAGGGAGCGAUCAGCAUCGAAAGCUACUGCCCCCGCCUGGACAAGUGGACUCCGUUUAAGCACAUGACUGGACGUCGCCUACAGUUCGGGGCCGCUGUCAUGGAAGACAAACUGAUCUUGGUGGGCGGACGUGAUGGCCUGAAGACCCUCAACACUGUGGAGAGCCUCGACCUGAACACAAUGUCCUGGGUCCCGUUGAAUCCCAUGGCCACGCCACGCCACGGUCUGGGUGUGGCUGUGCUCGAGGGUCCGCUCUAUGCUGUCGGCGGGCAUGAUGGCUGGAGCUACCUAAACACAGUUGAGCGGUGGGAUCCCAUAGCUCGUACCUGGAGCUAUGUCUCGCCCAUGUCCUCAAUGCGUUCCACUGCAGGCGUGGCGGUGCUGAGUGGCCGCCUUUAUGCGGUGGGCGGACGUGAUGGUUCCGUCUGCCAUCGCUCCAUCGAAUGCUACGAUCCGCACACGAACAAAUGGAGCCUGCUGGCGCCCAUGAAUCGUCGUCGCGGUGGUGUGGGCGUGACGGUGGCAAACGGUUUCCUUUAUGCAUUGGGUGGGCACGAUUGCCCCGCCAGCAACCCCAUGGUCUGUCGCACUGAAACUGUGGAACGCUAUGAUCCAGCAACCGAUACAUGGACACUGAUUUGCUCACUGGCCUUGGGAAGAGAUGCAAUUGGUUGUGCCCUGCUUGGUGAUCGACUGAUUGUCGUUGGCGGCUACGAUGGCAAUCAUGCGCUGAAGAGCGUUGAGGAAUACGAUCCAGUUCGCAACGGUUGGAACGAGCUGACCCCCAUGGCAUUUGCCCGGGCCGGUGCCUGCGUCGUGGCCAUACCCAAUGUCAUACCGCCGGCGGCACAGCAGCCGCCCCCCAGUGCUACAGUUUAGUUUAACCCUUCCAAUUCCACAUUUGUUUCUACUGUAGUUGUUGUUCUCGUUGUCGUUUUCGUUGUCGUUCUGAGCUGCUCGUGGCUGUUGGUUGCCGCCGUUCUUGAGGAUGUUCAUACCCAUAAUAUUCUUGCAGUAUAGAAAGCCCAAGCUCAAUGUGCAUUUGGUUGAUUCUCUUGAAUUCAAUUAAACUAAACUAGUAGUAAUCUGCAAGGAUACAUGAAGCUUCGGCUCCCGAAGAUUUCCAUUCCCUCUGUAACGGCAAGCACUGCAGCCCGACCAAGCUCCGCUUACGCUCGCGUCGCCUCUCGCCCCUCUAUGUGUUCUGGCAUUGAUCCCCUGGCACCCGUUGGCAUGGCAUUCCCGCGUAUCCACCCUCUCCCAGUUCCUACUUUUUGCAUUGAAGCCACAGGCUUGGCUGCUACUUUCCUCGUGAUUCUCGAGCAUACCAACGAAAUCCAAGAAAAAUCUCAUAAAGUGUAAGAUUUGCAUGCGGCGAGGCUUGAUGAAUAUUAGUUUUUUUUCUAUCUAUCGUAGUUACAUUCGCAUCUCAUUCAUUCCAUUUGGUCGUAUGCUUACGGUAUUCUGCUCCCCUGCACACUGUCCCCCGCCAGCAUGCUUGCUCACUCGCUCGCACGCUCUCAAAUCGAGGUGACAGACAGACACAUCCAUCACACACACGCACCGCACCGUGUAUUCGACUCCAUUCCAUUCCACCAUACCACUCAUUCCAGUGACCCAGUGUAUUAAUUGCUAAAGAAGACUGUGCCCAGCCAAAAUUCCGAACAUUCCAAAUCCAAUUAACGGCUCAUUUGCAUGUGAAGUGUACGCCACGCUACCAUAUUCCUUUUGAGUUUAUACAAAGAAGAUAA